GACUACUAUUCCAUUCUAGGGGUGAACAAAGAUUGCACAACCAAUGACCUGAAGAAGGCGUAUAGAAAGCUAGCCAUGAUGUGGCACCCGGACAAACACAAAGAUGUGAAGUCCAAAAAGGAAGCAGAAGAAAAAUUUAAAAAUAUCGCAGAGGCUUAUGAUGUCCUGUCUGAUGAGGAGAAGAGAAAAAUUUACGAUGCCUAUGGGGAGGAGGGACUCAAGGGUUCCAUCCCCACAGGUGGAAACACAUACGUCUAUAGUGGUGUGGAUCCUUCGGAGCUCUUCAGCCGUAUUUUUGGCUCAGACGGACACUUCUCCUUCUCGUCCGGUUUUGACGAUGAUUUCUCUCCCUUCUCCACCUUCGUCAAUAUGACAUCCCGGAAGGCCAGGCCCUCCACCUCCACAAAUGUAAACAACAACAACUACAACAAACCAGCGACCUUCGAAGUGCCUCUCUCGUUGACUCUAGAGGAACUCUACAGUGGGUGCAAAAAAAAACUAAAGAUAACCCGCAAGAGAUUCAUGGGUUCUAAAAGCUACGAAGAUGAUAAUUACGUAACCAUAGAUGUAAAGGCAGGCUGGAAGGAUGGAACCAAAAUCACUUUCUAUGGAGAAGGAGACCAACUGUCCCCAAUGAGUCAACCAGGUGAUUUGGUUUUUAAAGUAAAAACAAAAACACACGAUAGAUUUGUACGAGAAGCCAAUAACCUAAUAUACAAGUGUCCGGUACCACUGGAUAAAGCUCUAACUGGAUUUCAGUUUAUUGUCAAGACGUUAGAUAACAGAGACUUAAAUGUCCGAGUAGACGAAAUUGUUAAUCCCCAAACAAAAAAAAUUGUAUCUAAAGAAGGUAUGCCUUCUUCAAAAAUGCCUAGCACUAAGGGAGAUCUUAUCGUAGAAUUUGACAUUAUAUUUCCAAAAAGCUUGACUGCCGAAAAAAAAAAAAUCAUACGAGAAGCGCUAAUUAAUACAUUCUAA